CCAAUUUCUCAUCAGCCGCCCCCACAGCUUUAGCGUCUCUAUAAUUACAAGUAUCGCAUGUGCCCCGCUCGUCUGCAGCACACCAAACCAGUGGAGAAGACGCAGCCUGUGUGUCCUGUACCCUAUACCGGAGAACAAUAACACAGCCUGUAGUCCCCUUCAGGCAGCACAUCUGUCCCCGCGCACGGUUCAUCACUUCAUAAGACCCGUUUAGUCCCACCGCCGGCACUCAUCGGGUUAACAAAUAACCAACGGGCUAAAAAUAGCGUACAGACUUCAGAAUGUCACAGAACGGGGCGGGGCUCGCGGACUCACGUGGUCUCCAAAAAUGUAAUAACACAAGAAGCACGCACUUCCCUGUUCUAAAACGGCUAGAUCAAUCGAGCGCACAGCCAUGGAUGGAUAACGGGAAAACCAAGGGGACGGAGUCUGCGUUCGGCUUCUUCUGCCUUGACAGACUGCUUUCCUCGAGCUGGAGGUUCCAUGUUUUUUUUUUCUUUAUCAGUAAACUCUCCCUGAGGAGGGAUGGGGGCCGUGAGGGGUCAGAAAGGUGCGCUUGAGUGGUGCGCGGUGUAGUGACACAAGUGAGAGCUACCGCCAGCAACUAGGAGCCGAGAGAGAAGUGUCUCAUGUGGGAAGCUGCCCCCCACUCAGAGUGACAGGAGUCCCUGCCCCGCGUGUAGUGACGAGGACCCCAGCACUUUCCAGCACAGGACUCCGCACUCCCUCAACUCACUUUGACAGGUGUCUCCCGCCCCGCACUUUUCUGACAGCAGCCGGCAGUCCCUGUGACAGGACCGGAGUUCUCCUCCCCCACCCUCAGCCGGGACUGGCCGGACUUUCUUUUAGAGUUGCGCCCAUUGUGCUGCUCGUCUUCUCGGGACUCAGGUCCUAUACAGUACACACACAACAGAAGUUUUGUAGCAGAACUUCCGAGGUGGAUCCGGAUGCCCCUGAAAUAAUGAAGUUUUUAUGGUGCCCCCUCCCCCAGUACAGUUGCUGAAUUCAGCUUUAAGAACCUGGUUUGGAUGUGCAUCUGAUGAAGUUUGGAGAAUAGAAGCAAUUUUGUUAUGUUUCUUUUGAAGAUCUGACUAUGCUUUGUGCCACAUAUAUUUCAGGUACUGGCCUUCACGCCAGAUGUACAUUCAAUGUAGCAUGAUCCAAAUUCGGGACUGAAAGGAUGAGUGACGUUACGAUCCCAUCCAAGAUGAAGAAGGGGAUGCUGAAGGAUCCAGACAUUGCGGACCUCUUUUGUAAAAAUGAUCCAGAAACAAUAUUUGUGGAUCUGCAUGAAAUAGGACAUGGAAGCUUUGGAGCAGUUUAUUUUGCUACACAUUCCACAACAAAUGAAGUAGUGGCUGUUAAGAAGAUGUCCUACAGUGGAAAGCAAAUGAAUGAGAAGUGGCAGGACAUACUCAAGGAGGUCAGGUUUCUACAGCAGCUGAAACACCCAAACACGAUAGAAUACAAGGGAUGCUAUUUGAAAGAUCAUACAGCAUGGCUGGUGAUGGAAUACUGCCUAGGAUCUGCAUCAGAUUUGCUAGAGGUUCACAAGAAACCACUUCAGGAAGUGGAGAUAGCUGCCAUUACUCAUGGUGCCUUGCAGGGGCUGGACUACCUGCAUUCACGCAAUAUGAUUCAUAGGGAUAUUAAAGCUGGAAAUAUCCUGCUUACUGAGCCUGGUCAGGUAAAAUUAGCGGACUUUGGUUCUGCAUCUAUAGCUUCACCUGCCAACUCCUUCGUGGGAACCCCAUAUUGGAUGGCCCCAGAAGUUAUUUUAGCAAUGGACGAAGGGCAGUAUGAAGGCAAGGUUGAUAUUUGGUCUCUUGGUAUCACUUGCAUUGAACUAGCUGAAAGGAAGCCUCCACUAUUUAAUAUGAACGCAAUGAGUGCCUUAUAUCACAUAGCCCAGAAUGAGUCCCCAACACUACAGUCUAAUGAAUGGUCAGACUCAUUCAGGGGAUUUGUGGACUACUGCUUGCAGAAAAUACCUCAGGAACGGCCCACAUCAGCAGAGCUACUGCGGCACGAUUUUGUGCGCAGAGAACGACCAGCACGAGUUCUUAUAGACCUGAUCCAGAGGACUAAGGAUGCUGUCAGGGAGCUGGACAAUUUACAGUAUAGAAAAAUGAAAAAAAUACUAUUUCAGGAAUCGCGAAAUGGUCCACUGAAUGAGUCUCAGGAAGAUGAUGAGGAGAGCGAACAUGUGACAAACUUGACCAGAAAAAUGGAUAGCCUUGGCAGCAACCAUUCCAUACCAAGUAUGUCAGUCAGUACGGGUAGCCAGAGCAGCAGUGUAAAUAGCAUGCAAGAAGUCAUAGACAACAUGAGCCCAGACCUGAGCUUGAUGCAAAGUUACAGUUGCACUUUCGAUUCCACCUCUUCUUUGGUACCUAAAAAGGAUCAUGCAUUCAUAAGGGAUGAGGCGGACCACAGGGAUCCCAGGCCUGAGCUGCGGCCUACCCCGUCAGUGCAAAGUCAGGCACUUCAUUACCGGACCCGCGAGCGAUUCGCUACAAUCAAAUCAGCAUCUUUGCUGCAGUGGAGAGUCAGGGUUACAAGGCAGAUCCAUGAGCAUGAGCAGGAGAACGAGUUGCGGGAACAGAUGUCAGGAUAUAAGCGGAUGCGGCGCCAGCACCAGAAGCAGCUGAUCGCCCUGGAGAAUAAGCUGAAGGCUGAGAUGGACGAGCACCGCCUUAAGCUGCAGAAGGAGGUGGAGACUCAUGCCAACAACGCGUCCAUCGAGCUGGAAAAGCUUUCCAAGAGGCAAAUCGUAGGCAUGGAUAAAGAGGCAAAGUUGGCUGCAGCGGAUGAAAGGAGAUUUCAGCAACAGAUCAUAGCCCAACAAAAGAAAGACUUAACAUCCUUCUUAGAAAGUCAGAAAAAGCAGUACAAGAUUUGCAAGGAAAAGAUUAAAGAGGAAAUGAAUGAGGACCAUAGCACGCCCAAGAAAGAAAAACAGGAACGCAUAUCAAAGCAUAAAGAGAACCUCCAGCACACUCAGGCUGAGGAAGAAGCUCAACUCCUUAGCCAACAGAGACUGUACUAUGAGAAAAAUUGUCGACUCUUUAAGAGGAAGAUAAUGAUUAAAAGGCAUGAAGUUGAGCAGCAGCACAUCCGUGAGGAGCUCAAUAAAAAGCGAACCCAGAAAGAAAUGGAGCAUGCCAUGUUAAUCCGGCACGACGAGUCAACUCGGGAGCUGGAGUAUCGGCAGCUGCACAUGUUGCAGAAACUUCGGAUGGACCUUAUACGUCUGCAGCAUCAAACUGAACUGGAGAAUCAGCUGGAAUACAACAAGCGCAGGGAAAGGGAGUUGCAUCGGAAACAUGUGAUGGAACUCCGGCAGCAACCCAAGAAUCUCAAGGUCAUGGAAAUGCAGAUUAAGAAACAGUUUCAGGACACAUGCAAAGUGCAGACCAAGCAGUACAAGGCCCUGAAGAAUCACCAGCUGGAGGUAUCCCCAAAGUGUGAGCACAAGACAAUACUAAAGUCCCUGAAGGACGAGCAGACACGCAAAUUGGCCAUCCUUGCUGAGCAGUAUGAGCAAAGCAUCAAUGAAAUGAUGGCCUCCCAGGCGUUGCGCUUGGAUGAGGCUCAAGAAGCAGAAUGCCAAGCUCUAAGGCAACAGCUUCAACAGGAAAUGGAGCUGCUCAAUGCCUACCAGAGCAAGAUCAAGAUGCAGACAGAGGCACAGCAUGAGCGUGAACUGCAAAAGUUGGAACAGAGAGUGUCCCUUCGCAGAGCGCACCUGGAACAGAAGAUUGAAGAAGAGUUGGCAGCCCUUCAAAAGGAGCGCAGCGAGAGGAUCAAGCAUCUAUUUGAACGCCAAGAAAGAGAAAUUGAAACCUUCGAUAUGGAAAGUUUACGGAUGGGCUUUGGAAAUCUGGUGACGUUAGAAUAUCCCAAGGAGGACUAUAGAUGAGAGAGGCCAGUUUUUGCCAUUUAAAUAAAAGAACAAUAAUAUUAUUAACAAUGACAGCAAGGAGAACCUGCAAAACGUACAUUCCCCAUUUUAACGGGCGUGCUCUCUCUCUCUCUUCUCUCUCCCUCCCUUUCUCUCUCUUUCUCUCUCUCUCUGUCUCUAUCUAUCUCUGACGUCCGUCGGACACUAGUGCCUGUAAUUCUUUUUACUCACCAGGGUGCCUCUGGGCAAAUCUGAGCACGGAGCAAGCUCCCUGGCAUACCUCUCAAGUGUCCCUGAUUGUCACUCAAAUUUCAAUCCAUUAGAACAUUGGUGCUUGUUAUACAAACCGAAGAUUCAAACAGCGGGAAGGAGUCUUGAAGUAACAGUUGUGUUUUGUGUCGAAACUCUUCCUUUAUUCAUAACCCCUUUUGUGGAAAGAGAUAACUUGAUUAUUCAAAGUUUUGUCCAUGAUGUUCCAUGGGGAAGAUGGUGAGAGGUAUGUGCUUUUUAUCUCAAUGUGAGGAUGGAGAGGUAUGUAUUUCCUAUGCCUCUAUCGGAGGGCUUGCGAGGGUUAUGUGUCUUUUAGCCUGUAUUUGGACGAAGGUGAGAGGUGAGAGUCCCUGGUGUCUUUUGAGUACUCUGAGGGGUGAAAGCUAUGUGUUCACGAUUCCUCUGCCGGGACUCACCUGUGUGUCCUGCAGUCCAAUGAAAAGUCCUUACUUUGUGGAAGAUGGCUGCCCACAAUUUUAGUCGGUUUCAUAACCCAUGAUGCACAACAGUUGUCAGUCUGUGAUUAACCCCUUCAGCCCUGAGCCAGUUUAGUGGUGGUGUUUAAGUAAGAUCUGGUUAUGACUUUUACCUUGUCUUAACAGUGGGGUCAUUCUUGGCACUUUAUGAAGUUUGGUUACCAAGAAAACACCUCUUUUUUUUGUGCUGGGUCAGUAUCCAGUGAAGACAAACCUUCCAAUCUUCUAAAGUGCCUCACACUUCAAACUAAAACUCAGGGAUGAAGAGAUUAAUUUAUUGAUGUUCAAUAACACAUUUGAGAGACUAGAGAGAAAAGAGGAGACAAACCUAAUGAACCAACAAAAAAUGUGUAUCUGUUGGGUUCUGCAAACAUUUUGUUCUGUUAAAGUACAAGCAAAAAAAAAUAUAUAUUUAUAUAUACAUAUAUAUAUAUAUAUAUAUAUAUAUAUAUAUAUAUAUAUAUAAUGUAAUACAUAAAAGAGAGAGAGAAGCAUAAACUGCAGCCUUAAGGUUACUGCUGCUGCGUUAAACAUUGUUGUUUUUUUGGUAUUUGUUCGUCAGGAAUAAAAAAAAAAAAAAAAAAAAAAAAAAAGAAGAGAUUUUAUUAAACUAUUGAGGUUUGAUACAUUUUACAGAAACCAAUCAUGUUGUAUAUA